CACGUGCCCCGGGGGUCAGCUGCUCCCGCCCUCUCACCGAUCCACUCCGUCACACUCUCGAGAUGGAGUUUCUUUACGGCAAUCCCUUCAGCACCCAAGUCGGGCAGCGGGUUGAACAAGCAACAGAUGGCUCUUUGCAGACAGAGGAUUGGGGCCUCAACAUGGAGAUAUGUGAUAUCAUUAAUGAGACUGAGGAGGGACCAAAGGAUGCAAUCAGGGCCUUGAGGAAGAGGCUUUCCGGAAACAAAAACUUUCGGGAGGUGAUGCUGUGCCUAACGGUUCUAGAAACUUGCGUGAAGAACUGUGGCCAUCGAUUCCAUGUCAUGGUGGCAAGUCGAGACUUUGUGGAGGAUGUACUAGUAAAAACUAUUCUCCCUAAGAAUAAUCCGCCCACUAUCGUGCAGGAUAAAGUUUUGAGUUUAAUCCAGGCUUGGGCAGAUGCAUUCCGGAGUUCUCCAGACCUCACUGGGGUCGUGACUGUGUAUGAAGAACUGAGGAGGAAAGGGCUUGAGUUCCCUAUGACUGACCUUGAUGCAUUGUCUCCCAUUCACACACCUCAACGAACUAUUCCCGAGGUUGACCCAGCAGUCUCUCAAAAUUCUUCCCCAGUGCAGCCAGCAAUGUUCCCGGUCUCCGAGCAGCCCAUUCCUGUGGUAUCCACAGAAGGUGGGAUCACUCCUUCCCUUGAACAGGUUGCGAAACUGCGCAGUGAACUGGAUGUUGUUAAUGGUAAUGUAAAGGUGAUGUCUGAAAUGCUGACAGAGAUGGUCCCAGGUCAAGAGGAUUCUUCCGAUCUUGAACUACUUCAGGAGCUGAACAGAACAUGUCGAGCAAUGCAGCAGAGGAUCCUGGAGCUCAUUUCAAGAGUCACUAAUGAGCAAGUGACAGAGGACCUCUUGCAUGUCAAUGAUAACCUCAAUAACAUAUUCCUCCGAUAUGACAGGUUUGAAAGGUUCAGAACUGGACAGAAUACCACUAAUCGGGUGUCCAGUGGUUCAGAGAACACAGAUAAUUUAAUCAAUCUUACACCAAGCUCUCCAGCUGUUGUCACUCCAGUUACUGCCUCUAAUCUUUCAACACAGUUAGCAGGGCUCAGUAUUGCGGGAGAAAGUGUGAGUGGAACACUGAAGUCUUUGGAGAACAACAACCAUCCAAAAACUGAUGAAGAAGAGUUCGACAUGUUUGCACAGACCAGAAGCAACUCAUUGGCUGACCAGCGCAAGAACGUAAAGUAUGAAGAACCACAGGCAAUUGAAGGACUGGCAGGGGCUUUGGAUACUCGACAGCAGAACACUGGAGCGACGGAGAAUAUAUUGAAUGAGCACACAAACAGAACAACGUUAGACAACUGGAUGUUAAACCAAGGAAUGAUUCCAGUCACUCAGACCAAUCUAAUGGAUGAUAUUGAACAGUGGCUGUCCACAGAUGUGAAAGGUGAAUUUGGAGAUGAUUCUGAAGGAGUAACAAGUGAAGAAUUUGAUAAAUUCCUGGAGGAGCGAGCAAAAGCAGCAGAACAGCUGCCAACUCUCCCAUCACCUCCCACUGAGGCUCCUGGUUCUGUUACUGUAACCAAAAAGAAGAAGCAGGAAAAGGUGGAGGAUGCCCUCUUUACACUGUGAUGCCUCGGGUCCACCCUCUGCCUGCCACCUUGAAUGAAGGAACACAUUGGGGCAGUCCUGUGCUGUCUCUGUCUCUCUCUCUCUCUUUCUCUGUCUCUCUCUCUCUCUUUCUCUGUCUCUCUCUCUCUCUUUCUCUGUCUCUCUCUCUCUCUUUCUCUCUGUCUCUCUCUCUCUUUCUCUCUGUCUCUCUCUCUCUCUCAAUCCACGCCUGUUGCUCCCAUACAGGGGACGGUACGAAAACAGAGUGCGCAGUCUUUCCUGUGGAACUGUGUUUCAAGGUGGACCCUAUUUUAAAAUAUUUAUCCUGAAUGGCCACAGCUCCUAAAAUACGGAUAAAGUCAAGAUGUGACCCUUUGUUGAAGUUGUGGAGAUGCCAUCCAAUUACAGAAUGAUGCUGUGGGCUGACGGUACUUAGAAGUUCAAAAUAGGUGGUGUUAAAAUAAUUUAAAUUGGAGAUCUGGGAGUACACUACUUAUUACAUGUAUCCUCCUCAAAAAUCCAUGUACAUUUUAUUGUUCUUUUGUAUACUGAUAUGAAAAAUGAUUUCCAAGCAUUAACUUAUUCUGUUUUAAAUGCUUUAACACAAAAAUGUGUCAUGGGGGUUUGUGGGAAUGCUGGAGAAUAAAAGAUGGUGGUUACAAGUGAAGCAGUGGGUCACAAUCCACACUUUAGUCUGACUUAAGGGAACUCUGAGGUACAUUCCAUUGAUGUGCUAUUUUUUUUGGGGGGGAAGAGGGGAGUUGGAGGUGGAGUGUACAUCUUUAUUCUCUUGUCUAUGCAAUGAGACUUUUCCUUCCUUCUAAAGCUUAAAAAUUGGGGCACAUCCCUGGCUGUAAGCAGAGAUAUCAAAGCUGUGGAAAUUGUAGGGUUGUCUUUGUGUUUCCAGGAAUCAGAGAUUUACCUCCAGAGAAAAGUACAGAAGACAUUAACCAAAUAGUGGGAGGUUGCUGGAGAAAACGCACUUUCAUGAGUCGUCAAAAUUCAUUCAAUUAGACAUCAGGUUUGGUUCUUUUUCUUCGGCCAUGGGAAGGCAGCAUGUCUGGAAGAUGCCCCAGUGACAGGAGUGUGGGAGCUCAUGUGAUGAAACCCAUGGGAAAACACUCAGUUGGCAACCCUAUGACAGUGGCCAAAUUGCACUUGGUGUUUUAAUUCUAUCAAUUCCUAGACCAAUUCUAGCGGUGUAGGCAGGGAAGAGAAUGUAUAAUUUAGGAAAAUAAUUUAAUGCAAAAUCAAUAAAAAUGAUUUUUCUGGGCAUUGGCUCACAGAGACUUCUAGUGUUUUAGACCUCUUAGUAAAACUCAUCUCUCCUCCUCUAUGGGUGUAUAACCAUGCAAAUAUAUUCCUGGCUAAGAUUCCGCAUCAGUGUUGUGCUGAGCCUUGUGUUUUCGAUGUUGUUCAGUGCAGUAACUUUACACUUCUGCGUUGUACAUUUGGUAAAUGUAACUAUUCAAAAUUGUCCAAGGUAUUAUUUGUGUUGACUAUUCCUCCUGUGUUUUGAGUUUUGUAUUCUUCUGGCUUGGAUGAAAUCCUUCCAUCAAAUGUUCAAAAGAUUACUAUGAAGAACCAUCCCAUUUUACAAAGAGAUACGAAGGCACUGGAUAAAUUGCUAUAAAAACUUUAUAAGAAUGAUUGCAGAACUGAAAGGGUGUAAUUAUCAGGAAAUCUGAAAGCGAUAGUAGUUUGUGCAGGUAGGGUUUGUUGAAGUGGAAUAGGAGAAUUUUUGUGUGGAGUGUAAUUGGUUGGCCAAAGGACCACCUUCUGUCAAUCAGAACAGUCAAGAAUUACUGAAUAAUAGGAAAAGUUAUUCAUCAAAUUAGCACUUUUCAGUUAGUGUCUUAGAAACUGUUCUCCCUUUCACAAGUUGGCACUUGUUUUGUAAUCCUGAAAAUUUAGAACAUAUUCUAACAUUUGCAUGCAGAAUCUUGAGGUAAGCUUGCACUUAAAAUAAUGACCAGUUCCCCUUUUCAAUAAACUACACAUCACUGAAAAAAAAUAGAAUUUGAGAUUGAUUCUUAUCCAGCAGAAUCUAGGAUUCCAGCCAGCUUUUAUAUUAAGAAAUUUGCCUUCAACACUAUUGCUGGAGGGAACCUAUGACUAAAGACCCAGAGUAAAAUUUGCUGUUUCUUGAUUAAUUCAGGAUACAUAUUACACUUUUUAAUAGAAAUAAUUUAAAACAUGCAAUCAUAAGUAAUAUGACAUCUAACUUAUCCUCCACUUCUUUACAGAAUCUUAUGCCAAUAAGGAUUUAUUGAAGCAUUUUUCAUGUUGAUUUGAUAAUCAGAUAUUUGCAGCUUUUUAUUAGUUGAUUAACCAAGGUUCAGUAUUUCUACAAAACUGAGGUUACAGAGAAUGAAUGGCUAUUUUUGAACCUUGAUAGUUUAUGCAACCAAAACAGAAAUUGAAUAAGAUCCACAUUGUACAUAACUUACUCUGUGCAAAUUGGCCAUUGUGUUUUCCUACUUGAGUGAUUAUUGUGUUUAAUUAGCAAAGGAAUAUCCUAAAGUCAUGAAAGGUACUAUUUAAAUGCAAUUGUUUACCUUUAGCGAGUUUGAUUUCUAAAACCUUACAGCUGGAAUUUGACAAUGAAUUAACAUGUGUUAAGCAUUAAAAAGCAGUGUCUCAAAUUUAGUUUCAGAUUUAGUAUUUGAAAUGCUUUAGAUAAUUAAAUGGAUGUGAACAAGCUUUCCUUGAAUGACAAUCUGAAUUAUCUGCUUUUAACUGGCAUUAACUCUGACUUAGCAAAAUGUAAACUCUGUUCUUUGAGCUGCUUCUCUCUUCUCCACCAACCCCCCUCCUUCAAACACACUGUCCUGUGUCAAUCAUGGCAUGUUUUGUUCAACAAAAGAUAGUUGUGCUGUUUGAAACAUGUUUUUUUUCUAUAAAUGUGGAAUAUUUUAAAAAUUGGGUUUUGUCACUUUCUCAGCAGACUUCACAAAAUUUCUCUACAAAUCUUAAUGAAUAAAGCAAUUUAUUUAUGGUGUGUUGAAA